AUGCCUUCAAUCUCUUACGCUCCAUUCUUCUUGCUCUUCUCUUCGGCCCUCUCUUUCACCCCAUGUCCACUCCUCGGCCCUGCAUUCCCUCCGUUUUCCCUCGACACAAACGACAAAACUGUUGCAGGGGCCCUGCAAAAGCUUACACAGAAGUUUGACACCCUAGUCGCAACUAAUAAUGGCACUCAUGGGGAUACCUCGCCAAACACCACCUUUAGCAUCGCCUUGUUCUCGUCUGACGCCGGGAAUGCCGAAGACGAGCCCUUCUUCUGGCAAUAUCAUCACACAGCUCCUAUAUUGAACCAGUCUUUGGUAGGAUCUCACACUGCGGACAAAGACAGCAUUUACCGCAUUGGUGGUCUCACUGAAGUCUUCACUGUGUGGAGUCUUCUUCUUGCCGGAGACGGAGACCAGAUAUUUGAUGAUCCUGUUACCAAGCACCUCCCUGAGCUGAUUGAUAAUACUACAAGGGAACAAGAUAUGAAUGGACGUGUAAGAUGGGAGGAUGUUACUGUUGGUCAGCUCGCGAGUCAUAUGUCUGGAAUUGUGAGGGACUAUUGCUCGACGGAUGUGACUUUGCAAACAAGUUCUGCUGAGGCUGGACUACCUCCACUCCAGGCUAUCAGCAUACCUUGCUGUGGUGGUGAUUCCAAGUGUGAUAGCAGUGAUUUCAUUCGACACCUGGCCAACCAAACUCGCGUGGCUCCGGCUGGGGAAACUCCAAUCUAUUCCAACAUGGCAUUCCAGCUUCUAGGCUACAUAGUAGAAAAGCGCACAGGAAAGCCCUUCAGCAAAGUCCUACAUCACAUAUUUGACGUCCUAGGCAUGGCCGAAACCUCGAUCUUUGCGCCAAACAGCACCACUGCAGGCAUCAUUCCCGUGAGCAAAGAAGCCAGUGGUUGUGUCAAAGAUCUCGCAACAGCCGGCCAAGCAAUCCUAAACUCAACCCUACUCAGCAAACCCCAAACAAAUCGCUGGUUCAAGCCAGUCUCCCACACCUCUAACCCGGCCAACUCCAUCGGAUCCCCAUGGGUCAUAUACAGUGCCGGCUCAUACCCCAACACAUCCAUGGUGGACAUCUACACAGUUCUCAGCAACGAAGGCAACGACAAGAGUCUUUACAGCUCAUAUCUCGGCCUGGUCCCUGAUUUCGGCGUCGGCUUUGCCAUUCUCUCGGCCGAUAGCGACACCCCAGCAGAUCUCAACGCGCACGCAGAUGAUAUCGGUGAUGUCGUGCUAACAGCGUUGAUGGAAACGGCUACCGAGCAGGCAGCCCGCAAUUUCGGUGGCGAAUACAAGGUAUCCAAUAUCAAUUCGUCUAUUGUUGUUGAGUACGAUAGCUUGCCUGGUUUAUAUAUCCAGGAGUUUGUCAGUAAUGGUACCGACUUUCGUGCAACGCUGGCUGGGCUCGUGGGUGUCGCGAAGCCGGCGGAUCUGAGUAUUCGAUUGUAUCCUACACAGCUGGUUGAGGAUUCUGGAUCUGGCUCCAAGCAGGGGUUUAGAGCUGUCUUUCAGGAUGUGACUGAGUUGGCGGAUGCUGGAACUGCGACUUGUGUGUCGUGGCUAGAUAUUGGAAGGCUCCGGUAUGGAGGCCAUGGCUUGGAUGAGUUCAUCUUUUCUCUGGAUCAGAGUGGUCAGGCUGUCAGUGUUGAGAUUCCAGCUUUGCGAAUCUCGUUGCAAAAGAGCUAG